UGAAAAUUAAUGUUUCAUAAAUUUGAAAAUUAAUGUUUCAUAAGAGGUUUGGCUUUAUAUGGUAGGAACACACGUAGUUGAAGGUAACAGCACAAACAUGGAAGCGUUCAAAGGUAUGCUCACAAACAACUUACGUGUAUUUGGGCCUUUCUAACGAUCAAAUACAUUAUAUAGUCUAUACUAUUUGAUAUAUUAAAAAAAAAAAAACUUGCAACGGGGUAAAGCGGUGGAGGGCGAGCCGGAUUGGCUAGGUUAGCAUCGCCGAUUGUCGCAAUGUAGUGUAUUCAAAUACUUCCAAUGUCCACUUCAUGAAGAUAGUUGACACUGGCCAGUAUUGUGAUAUAUGAUAUACAUGUCGGACGUUAACGUUUAAAUUGAAACAUGGUAACAACAAUAACCAAACGUUUUUAAAGUGGAUGGUGAAGUAUAUUCUGAAUUUUUUUUUGUUUCUCCUGUAGGAUUUGAACGUCGCGUCCCCCCCGCCCCCUCGAACAGAGCCAUAGUACAGAGCCCCCACGGCCGAAUUUGGGGAAUAAAUAUAAGAAUAUAAAUACAUUUUAGAGCCAUUUUAGAUGAUAAAUAUAGGUGAUGAACAAUUAAAAUGUAUUAAUAAUUAACCUAUAUGACUUAUACUUAUAUUUAAAUCAACAUCCAUAACAUUUCCUUUGACGUCACGUCUGGUGCACUUCCUCAUUUCACCAUAACUUCCGGUAAUUUCUCAAUUCGUCCAGCAGGGGACGCGCUAUGCUGCGCCGAAAUGGAAUCUUGGAUUGAAGAUUUUCGGUCCCAUUCGCGCUUCUUCUCCCCCGCUCAGCAUUCUUCGCCAACAUUCGCCAUAAAAAUCCGCAAUUUGUCACCGCUGCUAUGAGCACGACCGUGCAGGCCGCGCAUUGAAUGACAUUUGGAGCUUAAAGAGAGGAAAAAAGGAGGGGGACCCCCACCUCCACCACCGCCACCACCUCGUCUCGCUGAGGCUUGAUGUCGACACGAGGUCCAACCAUGAGCGUGUUCCCGCCCGUUCGCAAGGACCGCGUCAUCCCGCAGCUGCCUCACUGCUUCUGCAAGGACGCCGCGCUCCACGUCGAGCGCGACUUCGACCCCAAAGUGAAGGCGGCGUGCCAGGAGCAGCGCACCGGCACGGUCGGCAGGUUUAAAAUCUCCAAGGUGAUCGUGGUGGGCGACUUGGCCGUGGGCAAAACCUGUCUGAUUAACAGGUUUUGCAAGGACGCGUUUGACAAGAACUACAAGGCCACCAUCGGCGUGGACUUUGAGAUGGAGCGCUUCGAGGUGCUCGGUGUUCCUUUCAGCCUGCAGCUGUGGGAUACGGCGGGUCAGGAGAGGUUCAAGUGUAUCGCGUCCACGUACUACAGAGGAGCUCAGGUCGUGAUUAUCGUGUUUGACGUUACCGACGUCAAGUCUUUGGAACACAGCAGGCAAUGGCUCGAAGACGCCCUGCGAGAGAACGACCCCACGGCGGUCCAGCUGUUCCUGGUCGGCACCAAGAAAGACAUGAGCUCUCCUGCCCAGUACUCUCUGAUUGAACAGGACGCCCUCCAGGUGGCGCAGGAGAUGCGGGCAGAGUAUUGGACGCUGUCGUCGCUCACAGGGGAGAACGUGAAGGAGUUCUUCUUCCGGGUGGCGUCGCUGGCGUUCGAAAUCAACGUUCUCGCCGAGCUGGAGAAGAGCGGAACGAGGCAAAUAGGCAACAUAAUCAAAAUCCAGAGCAACAGCAGCAACCUGUACGCCAAGUCCAAGAAGAAGAAGCAGCAGGCGGCCUGCUGUCAGUGACGCCGCGUUCAAAGGCAGACGCUUCGCAAAGCUGCGGGGAACGCCAGGAGCGAGGUGCUGUCACAUUUUCCUGGCCCGAAGACCACUUUUCCUCACGCCGCGCUGACUCGUGAGUUGACGUGCGCGUUGGGAGUUGGAAUAUCUGGCCGCACAAAAAACAUAUUUUCAGCCCGCCCAGUGCCAUUUUAGCCAAUCGCAAGCCUGAAAAAGCGACAAGAACUGCCUUUACCCGAUAGAGUGAGGAGAUCUAGGGAGCUGUCGUUGACGUUCUCCGGUCCAAAUUGGGAAAAAUGAGUUCCCCAUUUCGAUUGACAUUCAAAAUUCCAAGCGCACCUAAAUGCAGCACACGAACCAAGUGGCAUUCUUCUCUUCUCUUCUCUUAUUGGUCACAAGGAAGUAAACAGGAAAAGGUUUAUCCCGACUAGUUUGCGAAACGUGGAAAAACAUGACCAUUCUUGUAAGAGUACUGUGUUUUUCCUGAUUAUUUAAAGUGUCAAGUCUAAAAAAUAAGAGAAAAAUACAAACCCCCAAAAAAACUUCGAGAACUUGACUAUACUCGUGUGCUACUUUUUCCCUUGAAAAAUAAAACCUAAAUCUUGAACAUUCUUUUUUCAAGAAAAACAUUGCUUUUUCCAAAAAAAAAAAAUAGUUUUUCUAUUUAGUAGAUUGCUUUAAAAAAAAAAAAAGACUUUCUAAAAAGAAUAAUACUUUAGUGUACUUUUUUUUUUUUAAAUUCUCAAAAAAUGUACUUUUUUUUUUUUUAUUUCACCAUGACCAGUAAGAGGCGGGGAGACGUCACUCAUUUGGUUUGUUGUGAUGCAUUCAUGUACCCAUGGAAUUUUUUCUUAAUUUUCCCGCUAACCAAACCAGUGCGAACGCGGACAUGUAGAAACAAUAUCCGAAGUAAAUGCACUAAAUAACGGUGACUCAUGCACAGAGACCACGCUCGCAGACAACUUCUGCCGACACAAAAGUGUUGAAACAACAAUUGAAGUCGACCAUCCAAGAUUUGUUCCCCCCCGCCCCCCUCCCCCCUCAUGUGUUCCUUUUGGGUGACGUAGAUCACAGUUUACAUGUGAACAAAAUGCGUAGAAAAAGGUACUUUUUGAAAUAUAUAGCGCUUGCGUUCAAGAUGGAAAUUCAGACAGAGUUAACAUGAUCAUUGAGGGACUGGCUCGUGAACAAAUAUCGCAUAUACAAAAGUAAAAGCAACUAUUUACCUGCUUUUUUUUUUUUUUUUUUUUCCAUUUUUAUUUCUGAAAGGUUUGCUGUAUGACCUCACUAAAAUGAUGUCAAUUACAUAUACAUUACAACACUGUCAAAAGUAAAAGGGACGCAAGUAACUUUAUUGAGUGAGUUGAACCGAAUGUGCUCUUUUGUUGCCAAUGAGUGUUAAAAACGGAACACGUUUUGAAAUGUUCCCUCGUAUUAAUACAAUUAUUACAUGACGUUCAAUAAAAUGGUUUCUUUGAAAGGAA